CCUCUGCCCCGCGUUUCUAAACGCACUGCGCGGCGCGCGCACUGCCCCGACCAGCAGCUCAGCGUGCACGCGAGCGGACAGAUCACUCUCCUGUCUUACAGAAAAAAAAACAACAAAUCAGGCUUCUUUUCUUUUCUUUCUUUCCUUUUCUUUUAAAACACAGCCGAGACGCCGCGUCGUGCCUGCGGAAGGGAUUUAAAAAAAAACAAACAAACGAACUGGUGAUAUUUGUUUUAAUUUUUUUUUUUUAAAUAAGCCAUUUUUUCGUCGCUCGCGCACAUUUUGGGUUUUUUUAAAAAAAAGAGUCUCGUGCAAGAGAACGCGACGUGACCGUUGAAACUUUUUUUUUUUUUUUUUUUUUUUUUUUUUGCAGCUAAGCUAAUCUCCAGGUUCCUUGUGGAACCCGAGUGAGGCUACAUACAGAGUCGGGAAGUGGAGGAAAAAAGGCUUAGAAAGUGUCGACUUGUUGCACUCGAAAGUCGAGUUUGGAUUGUAGGAAGCGAAUUUCAACCGCUUUCGAAGUUUUGUGGACUCGUUUGUGUGUUUUUUGUGGCGCUUUUGUUCUCAAAGAAGAACGAGGCUUCACUGAGUCGACUCCCUCAUUCGACUCACUCCCUCAUUCGACUCCUCCAUCACAGCCAAGAAGUUUUACUCGACUCUUGCAACACUUUUGAGGCUGUUAUUUUUUUAAGUGUUUCCAAGGAGCUGGAUUUCACAACGUAGUCAUGGACAAGCUGGAUUUCGCUUCUGAGGAUUACUACUGAAAUAGGGUUGUGGGGUUGUUUUUGUAUGUUUUUUUAAUCUUUUUUUUCAAUGCUCCGCGAGAACUGAGCUAACACUUUGUUGUUUUUUAAUACAGCAAGCUACAGUUCCUGAAACCGCACUUUUUUUUUUGGAUUUUAGCGCCUAAAAAACACACACACACAUAAGUACACAUAUCCAGAGCCACCAUGCCGCAGCUGAACGGAGGUGGAGGAGACGAGCUCGGGGCGAACGACGAGAUGAUCUCGUUUAAGGACGAGGGCGAGCAGGAGGAGAAGACGGCGGAGAGCGUGUCCGCCGAGCGGGACCUGGACGACGUGAAGUCGUCGCUGGUGAACGAGUCGGAGAACAACAGCAGCUCGUCGGAUUCAGAGCCGACGGAGAGACGCCCUCCACCUCGUUCCGACGCCGAAAGUUACGAAAAAGCCCGAGAGUGUUUUCAUGAAGCUCUGAGGAGACAACAAGAUGGAGGAGGUCUGUUUAAGAGCCCACACUACCCGGGUUACCCGUUCCUCAUGCUCCCGGAUCUGGCCAGCCCGUAUUUACCCAACGGGGCUCUGUCUCCCACCGCCGCCAGGACCUAUCUGCAGAUGAAAUGGCCAUUGUUAGACGUGCCGAGCUCAGCAGCGCUGAAGGACUCCAGAUCACCUACACCGGGACAUUUGUCUAAUAAGGUUCCAGUGGUGCAGCACGCUCACAUGCACCCGCUGACCCCCCUCAUCACCUACAGUAAUGAUCACUUUCCUCCAGCGACGCCGCCUGCGCACCUCUCCCCAGAGAUCUUGGACCCUAAGACAGGUAUCCCACGGACCCCCCACCCCUCUGAGCUGUCUCCAUAUUACCCCCUCUCUCCCGGGGCUGUGGGGCAGAUCCCUCACCCUCUGGGCUGGCUCGUCCCACAACAAGCGCAGCCCAUGUACUCCAUUCCUCCAGGAGGUUUCCGCCACCCGUACCCAGCGCUCGCUAUGAAUGCCUCCAUGUCCAGUCUGGUGUCGAGCCGUUUUCCUCCUCACGUCGUGCCUCAUCAUCCUCACAGCCUUCAUCAGACGGGAAUCCCUCACCCUGCUAUAGUCUCUCCUGCCAUCAAACAGGAACCCAAUGGAGAGCUGAGCCCUGCUGCACACACGAAGUCUCCAGGGCCGGCUAAGAAGGAGGAAGAGAAGAAACCUCACAUUAAGAAGCCGCUGAACGCCUUCAUGCUGUAUAUGAAGGAGAUGAGGGCUAAAGUGGUAGCCGAGUGCACGCUCAAAGAGAGCGCCGCUAUCAAUCAGAUACUAGGCAGGAGGUGGCACUCUCUGUCUCGGGAAGAGCAGGCCAAAUACUAUGAACUGGCCAGGAAAGAGCGGCAGCUUCACUCUCAGCUCUACCCCGGCUGGUCCGCACGAGAUAACUACGGCAAGCGGAAGAAGAGGAAGAGAGACAACAAGGUCGACUCAGCAGCAGAAGAUUACUCAGCGAGGAAUAAGAAGCCUUGUGUGCAGUACCUCCCUCAGGAGAAGAUGAUUGACAGCCCAGCGUCCUCUCACGGCAGCAUGCUGGACUCCCCGGCCACGCCCUCCGCCGCCCUGGCGUCACCCGCUGCGCCCGCCCCCACUCACUCCGAGCAGGCCCAGCCCCUGUCGCUCACCACCAAACCCGAGCGCCAUCACCCUCACUUCUCUCUGAUAUCCAAACCUUCCUCAUCCUCCUCAUCCUCCUCUUCUGCUUCCACUUCAUCCUCAUCCUCCUCUUCCUCCACUUCCUCCUCUUCCUCCUCUCACCCCAGCAUCUCGCUCGCCGUCAGCUCCUCAGGCAGUCAUUCGACUCCGUCUCUCCUCUCUCGACCAAACCCCUUCACCUCCCUGCACCCCUCCCUCUUGUCCCCGCCCUCGCCUUUCCACCAGGCCGCCCUGCACUCCCAUCAUGCCCUGUUCCAGACGCAGCCGCUCUCCUUGGUAACCAAAUCAGCCGACUGAGCCUACAGAAACAGCUCCUCUCUCUCUCUCUCUCUCUCUCUCUCUCUUUCAUUCAAUCUCACCGCUUUAAACAUGCUGUACAUUGCUUUUUUUACCUUUUCCCCCCCCACACAUAGACGUCAGGUUAACUUUUUUGAUAAGCGAAAAGUAAAUGAAUAUUAUUGGUCAAUAUUUGAUCACCUGCUUUUCUGUGUCUCUCUCUAUGAAAGUGUAUUUUUUGUAAAGUCUACUUUGGAACUGGUUUCUUAUUUGAUACAGUUAUCCAGCAAAAACUCAUUGUAUAAAGUUAUUACUUGUAUUAAAAACUUCUUUAAUAAGACAAGAAGGAACAAAAAAAAAAAAAUUCUUAAAAGCGUACAUGUAAUUAAUGGUAGUUUUGAAGUUUAAUUCAUAGUACAGGCCGUUUAUUAGAAGGCUUUUGAGACUACCCCUCCAGUUUUGAAGUGUGUGAACUUGAUAAAUAAAACUUGUAAAUUGUUUCUAGAA